AUGGCUUUGUGGGCUCGGCAGGUCUCCCGCUGGUGUUGCCUGCUGCAAACAGCCCGUGGUGCUGAAUUUUCUCGGAGGCUGAGGGGCCGCAGCAGCACGGCACAGGGUUGUCGUGGGUUCGCCCCUCUGGUUCUGCUGCUCUCUAGAAAUGACGGCCUUCCGUGGAGAUUGCAGGCAUACAGGCAUGCAUCUGUAGGAAGCUGUUCUCCACCCGACAGUGCCAAAGAUGGAUCCUUUUCUUCUCCCGAAAGUCACUUGCCAUCGCCAGUAAAACAGGAACAAGCAAAGGCAGAAACAUUACCUGAUCUGAAUACAGAAAUACUGUAUGAAGACUGGGAUGACAUCCCACCUUCGUCUGCUUUGGAGGAGAUUUCAGAGGAAGAAGCUGUACAGAUCAUUGCAGAACCACUUCUUCCCCUUCAGUCUUCAACACUCCGAGAUUAUGUUGAUCACUCAGAAACCCUGGCAAAACUUGUCCACCUAGGAGUUGACUUAUCCCAAGUGGAGAAACGUCAAAAGGCAGGUCAACUCUUACUGACCUUGGACUUUGAAAAAGAUAUAAGAAAAAUACUUCUGUUUCUUAAGGAUGUGGGUGUAGAAGACAAUCAGCUGGGACUAUUCCUGACCAAAAAUCCAUACAUCCUUGCUGAAGAUCUGGAAGCUUUAGAAACCAGAGUGGCUUACCUAAAAUCGAAAAAAUUUGGUAAGGCAGAAAUUGCUCAGAUGGUCUCAAGAGCUCCCUAUUUGCUGUUGUUUUCAGUGGAAAGACUGGAUAACAGACUGGGUUUCUUCAAAAAUGAACUUGGCCUCAGUGUAAAAAAGACAAAGGAUCUGGUAAUUCGUCUUCCAAGGCUACUGACUGGCAAAUUAGAGCCUGUAAAAGAAAAUCUUCAG